AUGCAAGCUUCAAAGAAUAAAAACACAGGAAAGACAGAACCAUUCUACAGGCUUUCAGUGCCAAGGUGGAAGACCAGUUCUGAGAUUAUAAAUGAAGCCAGAAGUGUUUUACGAACACUAAGAACUCGGAGACCAUUUACACCUACAGAGAAUCAGAGGAAACUUUUUGGAUCUGGAUCCUCACGAGCUCCUCAGAAUAGACCCCCUUCAGUUUUUAGUCUUCAUGCAUCCAGUUUUGAUUUGGCUGAGUCAAGACCAGCGUCUGGCAUUCGUCUUAGUCCACUGGUUCAUAAACCAAUAUUAGUUACUUCUGCAAAAGAUGAAGAUCCUUCAAUUUCUCUUCCAAAACAUGUUGAUGAUGCAGAGGUUAGAAGAAUCAGCAGUGCUCGGGCACACUUAUUCAGAAGAAGUUCUCAGGGAAAUUUCCUUUCUGCAAAAAUGGUUACUUCUGAUCAGAAUGAAGAGAAGCUUGAUGAAGAACCAGCUAAGAUGCAUAAUCUUUGCAGAAAUAAUAACUGCUUAGGAGAGCAGAGAUUGUGCACACCAUAUAAUGAUGAAAGUAGACAAUUAAUUUGUAAUGAGCAUAUCAGUGGAUUAGAGGGAGAAGACUUUCGAAAAGAGACAGCAGGAACAUUAUUUCAAGUGAGAGGAGAAAGAAGUGUCAACAGUGAUGGCAGAUUUGCUGAUGAAGAGCAACAGUUUCCCUGUGACCAGAUGAAAAAGCCUGGCACAGAUUCAUCAAGGCCAAGGAGUAUGGGCUCGAAGAGACCAGCAGCAGGCUUAGAGGAUGAAACAAGAAUAAAUGAAUCGGAAAAAGAAAUCUUUUGGCAUGUAAGGAUUCUACCAAUUCUGCACGAACUGGAAAAAGGAGAUGAUAUAGAAAAUCUUUGUCUGGCUUGCACCAAGCUCUAUCAAGCCUUGAAUGAAGGGAAUAUGCUUCAAAAAAGAUUUAAAGGAAGAAGCGUGCUUCUGAAGACAUUAUAUAAACUUGUAGAUACCAAUUCAGAUCUACUUCACCUGAAGCUGGCGAAGAUUAUUCUGGCUAUGAAAGUGCGUGGAAAAGGUCUUCUUGGUGUUUGCAAGCUUGCAUUUAACAUCUGCAGAAAUGAAAAAAAUGAUUACAUCGUUCAAAAUGAUGGAUUAUUUGAUUGUUUGCUGGAGGUCCUGAGAACUGAAGAUCUACAAAAAAACAAUGAAGCUUUCCUGUAUUGCAUGGGAGCUAUAAAAUUCAUGUCUGGAAAUGCAGUACUCAUUAACGAAAUGGUCAACAAAGGAGCUGUUGAAAUGUUGCUGCAAUUAAUGAAGCAGAUUAAUAAUAUAAAAGAAAAUGACACAUGUUUCUCCAACUUGGGCCACCUAUUAGUUCAGCUGAUAGCUACUUUCCGAAACUUGGCCGAGUGCCCUGCGGCGAGGGGCCGGCUCCUCCGCGGUGCUGCGGUCCCUGAGCUCUGCGUGGCGCUAGAGCAGCGUAUGAAUGAUACCGACAUCUGCACCUAUAUUGUCCGGAUAUUCAGCAAGCUUUCCUCCUACAAUGACUUCUGUGCAGCUUUAGCAGACUGCUCCAGAUGUUACAUCGUAUUUUUAGCCCUACUAAACAAACACCAGAAGCAGCAGGAUUUGGUUAUCCGUAUCAUCUUUAUUCUUGGCAAUUUAACAGCAAAGAAUAACGAGGCCCGUGAGCAAUUUUUUAAAGAAAAAGGAAGUGUUAACACCUUGAUAUCGUUAUUCCAAACCUACCAUGAACUUGAUUUGAAUGCGCAGAAACGGUACCGUGAAAGAGGAGGGGAAGGAAAAACGCACCCAGAGCACCCUUCAGAAGCAGAAGAUGUUCUAAUAAAACUGAUAAGUGUGCUGGCCAAUCUCUCCAUUCAUCCCAGCAUAGGAGCAGCUCUGGCAACUGCCCAUCGUGUUGUAGAAUUACUUGUUACAGUACUAGAAUACAAGUCAGUCGAUGACUGUGAGGAGUUGGUCAUCAAUGCUGCAACAACAAUCAACAAUUUGUCCUACUACAAAGUGAAGAAUUCUGCUGUUGAAGAAAAGAAGCUACAUAUUGCUGAAAUGCUUCUAAAGCUGUUAUUGAGCAACAAUAUGGAUGGAGUUGUGGAGGCUAUCAGAGUCUUUGGCAAUCUUUCCCAGUAUCAUGAGAUCUGUGACUUCAUCAUAAAGAAAAAGAUAUACAAGUUCAUGAUUACCUUGCUUGAUGCCAAGAACCCAGACAUCUGUUUUUCUGCCUGUGGAGUCCUGCUCAAUCUCACAAUAGAUAAGAACAAACGAGCUCUUCUGAUGGAAGAAGGAGGGAUUGGGAAGUUAGUUGACUGUUUACAAGACUUUGGGCCAGCAGACUGGCAGCUGGCUUGUUUGAUAUGCAAAACCCUGUGGAACUACAGUGAAAACAUCACAAAUGCGGCCACCUGCUUUGGAGAAGACACCGACAAGUUGCUGGUGCUGCUCCCAUCACUCUUGGAUGAAGAGCUGGUGUUGGAUUACAGCCUUGGCAGAAAUUUAAGGAACUACGACAAACUAUAUUGGCAAACAGAGUUCAAACCUGUGGCAGAAAAACUUCUUCAUAGAAUUCAAAGCCAUCGCUCCCUUCGUCCAGCUGGGACUGUUACUCCAUUUUGCACAGAUUAUAGUUCUAAUAUACCUUGUCCUACUUGGGCGCACUUGGUUCCCAUCACUCGUGCUGGUGCACACCAUCUCCUUUCAUGCAUUGUCUGGCCUUUUGGACAGGGUCCCCCAACCGGCGUGUUCUUCUGGG